AUGACAAGAAACCCGUUCAUGGUGGAGCCUUCGAGUGGCUCCCCCGGCAGACGUGGUGCUUCAAACCUCUCAAGAUUUUAUACAAACACCAGCAGCAACUCUCGGUGGGCCAACGCAAGUGAGGAGAGCUUGGAUGAGGGCAAUGACCAGUCGAACGUGUUCCAGGGCCUUCCGCCGUCUCCCUCGAGAGCAGCAUUGAGAUACUCUCCAGAUCGUCGUCAUAGAACUCAGUUUUACCGUGACAGCGCUCAUAAUUCGCCCGUCGCUCCCAACAGGUACGCUGCUAAUUUGCAGGAGUCUCCCAAGCGGGCAGGUGAAGCUGUUAUACACCUGGGUGACGGUGGCAGUCUAUAUGCUCGUGAUAAUGCAGAACCAUCGGCAGACACCUACCAUCUAUCACCACAACAACCGCCCAGUAACAAUCUGUUUGGCAGUGGCAGGUUGUAUUCCCAAAGCUCGAAAUAUACGGUGUCUACUUCCUCUACUACGGCACCUUCGCUGACAGAGGCAGAUGAUGAAAAGGAAAAAUACCUCACUUCGACGGCUUCUUAUGACGAUCAGUCUACUAUUUUCUCUGCUGACACUUUCAAUGAAACGAAAUUCGAGUUAAACCAUCCAACAAGACAGCAAUAUGUAAGACGUGCCAAUUCUGAGAGCAAAAGAAGAAUGGUCUCAGACUUGCCUCCCCCCAGCAAGAAAAAGGCACUACUGAAGCUAGAUAAUCCAAUACCAAGGGGGUUGCUAGACACUUUGCCCCGGAGGAAUUCCCCUGAGUUCACAGAAAUGAGAUAUACAGCUUGUACUGUGGAACCGGACGAUUUCCUGAAGGAAGGCUACACUUUGAGAUUUGCGGAGAUGAACAGAGAAUGUCAAAUUGCAAUCUGUAUUACCAUGUACAAUGAAGACAAGUAUUCGCUGGCAAGAACUAUUCAUUCUAUAAUGAAAAAUGUUGCACAUCUUUGUAAACGUGAAAAAUCCCAUGUCUGGGGUCCCAACGGCUGGAAAAAGGUCUCUGUUAUUUUGAUUAGUGAUGGCAGAGCUAAGGUCAACCAGGGAUCCCUGGAUUACUUAGCUGCUUUGGGUGUCUAUCAGGAAGACAUGGCCAAGGCGUCUGUCAAUGGUGAUCCAGUGAAGGCGCACAUCUUUGAAUUGACGACUCAGGUCUCCAUCAAUGCGGAUCUGGACUACGUUUCGAAAGACAUUGUCCCCGUACAACUGGUUUUCUGUCUUAAGGAAGAAAAUAAGAAGAAGAUCAAUUCUCAUCGUUGGUUGUUUAACGCAUUUUGUCCCGUUUUGCAACCCACUGUCGUCACUUUGGUCGAUGUUGGUACACGUCUGAAUAGUACUGCAAUUUACAGGUUAUGGAAGGUUUUUGAUAUGGAUUCAAACGUCGCGGGAGCUGCUGGUCAAAUCAAGACCAUGAAGGGUAAAUGGGGGUUGAAACUCUUCAAUCCAUUAGUCGCAUCGCAAAAUUUUGAGUACAAGAUCUCGAAUAUCUUGGAUAAACCUCUAGAAAGCGUUUUCGGUUACAUAUCUGUUCUUCCUGGUGCCUUAUCCGCAUAUAGAUAUAGGGCGUUGAAAAACCACGAAGAUGGAACUGGGCCUCUAAGGUCUUAUUUCCUUGGUGAAACUCAAGAGGGGAGAGACCAUGAUGUAUUUACUGCAAACAUGUAUUUGGCUGAAGACAGAAUUCUUUGUUGGGAACUGGUCGCCAAGAGAGAUGCUAAAUGGGUUUUGAAAUAUGUCAAGGAAGCCACCGGUGAAACGGAUGUUCCUGAAGAUGUUUCCGAAUUUAUUUCUCAGAGAAGACGUUGGUUAAAUGGUGCAAUGUUUGCUGCAAUUUAUGCUCAAUUGCAUUUCUAUCAAAUCUGGAAAACUAAACAUUCUGUUGUACGAAAAUUCUUCCUACAUGUUGAAUUUCUUUACCAGUUCAUUCAAAUGCUCUUUUCCUGGUUUUCGAUUGCAAAUUUUGUCCUGACUUUCUAUUAUCUGGCAGGAUCAAUGAAUCUGGUGAUUAAACAUGGCGAAGCUUUAUUCAUUUUUUUCAAGUAUUUGAUCUUUUGUGAUUUGGCAAGUUUGUUCAUUAUUUCCAUGGGUAAUAGGCCUCAAGGUGCGAAGCAUCUAUUCAUUACGUCUAUGAUUAUACUGUCUAUCUGUGCUACAUAUUCAUUGGUUUGUGGGUUUGUCUUUGCCUUCAAGUCAUUGGCCUCUGGUACAGAAUCACACAAAAUUUUCGUCGACAUUGUUAUCUCAUUGUUAUCCACCUAUGGUCUUUACUUUUUCUCAUCACUCAUGUACCUUGAUCCUUGGCACAUGUUUACAUCAUCUAUACAGUACUUCUUGACACUUCCCGCCUUUACAUGUACUCUACAGAUUUUUGCCUUCUGCAAUACACACGACGUUUCUUGGGGUACUAAAGGAUCCACGCAGGAAUCCAAGCAAUUGUCCAAAGCCAUCGUGGUUCAAGGUCCAGAUGGUAAACAAAUCGUGGAAACAGAUUGGCCUCAAGAGGUUGAUAAGAAGUUUUUGGAAAUAAAAAGUCGUUUGAAGGAGCCUGAAUUUGAAGAACCAAGCGGUAACGAAAAGCAAUCCAAAAACGAUUAUUACAGAGACAUAAGAACCAGGAUUGUGAUGAUAUGGAUGUUAUCGAAUCUGAUACUAAUUAUGUCCAUCAUUCAAGUCUUCACACCACAAGAUACCGACAACGGUUAUUUGAUUUUCAUUUUAUGGUCGGUGGCCGCUUUAGCUGCCUUUAGAGUGGUCGGUUCUAUGGCCUUUUUGUUCAUGAAAUAUCUGCGUAUAAUAGUAAGCUACAGGAAUAAAGUGGAAGGUAGUGGAUCUUGGGAAGUUUCCAAAUUAGACUUAUCGAACGUUUUCAACAAGAAGGGUUAA